ACAUUGUUAUAAUACCCAAUCUAGAAUCUUUUUCGAUAUCGGGAUGAUACAGAUAUCAAUAUUGUAUCGGUGCAUUUCUAGUAUUGGGUGUUCAAACAUAUACAUCCAAAUGUCUUUAAAAUGUUUUUUUUUGUUACCCAGAAAUAAAAACAAAGCAGACAAAUGUCUUAAUCUGCUACUGUAACAAACAUUGAAUGACCAUGUACAGGAAGGAAGUUGAGAUCAGCUUCACCCAGAGAAUCAGAGAAGCAGAAGAUCGAUUCUCCUGCGAUCAGGAAUCCGCGGCGGAGCGCUUUCAGGCCCAACUCCUCAAACUCGAGCAGCACUACCAAAGCGAGCUGACGACCCUCUCUGAAAGCCACGCCGCGCAAAAGCUGCGCUGGGAAGCAGAAAUGCAGAAAGUCCUCGAGGGCGCAGAAGAACGAAGGAAAGCAGCGGAGGAGACCGCGGCUGAAGAACGACAGCGACUCGAUCGGGAGCAGGAAAACGAGCGACGAGAGCUUGAGAACGUCCACGGCGAAGAAACGGAAGCGCUAAGAACGGAGAACGAGCGACUCCGUAACGAACUGGAGGACGCUCUGAGCGGGGCCCAGAGGAAGGAAAUUGAGCUCAGCAUGCAGCUGAAUGACCUGCACGGCCGGCUCCAGGAGAAACGCCAGCUGCUGGCCCAGUCCGAGGACAGAGUCCUUCAGGCGGAACUGCUGCUCAAUCAAACGGUGGAAGACUUUAAGCAGGAGAGGGCCGAGCUUCUCGGCAGCAACUCGGAGCUGCAGGCAAAACACGAUGAGGCGCUUUCCGGUGCGGAGAGGCUGGUCGAGGAGAGGAUGCACCUGGUAACCGAGCGCGACGCAUUGCAGGUGAAAGUCGAAGAGCUGGAGACACUUCUCAAGCAGGCAGCACUGGACUUUGAGCUGGAGCGGAAGGAGAUCCUGGAGAAUCUGGUGGUUCUAGAGGAAAAGUUGAGAGACGCUCGGGAAGUCGAGGCGCUCAGAGCGGAAAGAGAUGUUCUUAAAAGCAAACUGGAGGAGCUACAGGUUGUAUCCAGUACAAACAAAGAGGAAUCCAAAGGUAUAAAUGUACUUAUAAUAAAUCAAGACUACGAAUCAUGUCAAGCUCAGUCCGAUCAGGACGAAGAUGGAUUGGAGAGAUGCAUAAAUGCUGAUCAGGAACUUGACGAUGGCGAUUUUGCCACCAUUGAGGACCAAACGCACGAGCAGGACGGCCAAGACGGAGCGAAAGAAAACCAGGAAAACUGUUGCGCUUUCAGUGAUGACAAAGUUGUUGAUUCUCCUGAUCAGAAACACAAUUAUUUAUAUGUAAAAAACAAAUGCCAACCGGUUUCCCACGAGAGUCAGGGCGAGGACGUCUCCAGGCUUCAGGCAUUUGCUGACAAAAAUAAAGCAGCUGCUGAAUCGCCCAACCAAGAGACCGAACCGCAAGAGGACGGCGAAAGCUGUCUGCACGGAGAUCAGCAGCAUCAUGAGACUGAGGUUGUGGGUUUAAUGCUGUGGGAGGCGGCAGGUGAUCCAGCUGAGGUUGAUUGUUUAUCAGAUGGCUCUCACAGCCAACAGGAAGGGGGUGAAAACCAGGAGAUAUCCGCACGCGACGGCGUGGAAACCGUUGAAGUGUUUGGCUGCGAGAACCAGGAGAGCCCUGCUCUGAACUUACAGGACUUGUACGACACCGCCAGAGAGGAGAACGUUCUGCUGCACGAGAAGAUCGCCCUGCUUCAGCAGAAAUCAGAAAUACUAGAGAGUCUGUUGGCGCGCCACAGCGAAAAGUUGAAGAGCAGCCACCGGGCUCUGGAGGAAAACUACAAGCUCAAAGUGCAAGCGCUCCUGCUGAUGGAGCACGUGAAGGAGCUGCAGGUGAAGAGCCUGAGAAUGGCCGACCUCCAGAUCCGGUACGAGGACUGCGCGUGCGAAAACGCCAAGCUGAAAGACCAAAACGACGCGCUGGAGAAGCGGGUCUGGAGCCUGGAGAGCAGGCUGGACGUUUUCCGCGAGUUCGGCGACCGGCGCGCCUCGCUGGUGGACGAGAUCGGCAGGAUGAGGGCGGAGAACGGUGAGCUCUUUCACCUGUUGAGCGAAUUGGAGCGACAGGAGGACGGGCUUUCGGACUCGGACGCCAAGCCGGCGGAGGGACGCUCGGAUGAGCCUCCUCUGCAGCCGGAGAAGAAAUCCCGGGCGGGGUUUGGCGUCGAGGAAUGCUGCAGGGAGUUUGAAGAGCGGAACAGCGAACUGCGCAGGACCAUCGCAGAGCUGCAGGACGAGUCGCAGAUAAUAAGUGAAACCACUCGAGCUCAUAGGUAAAGUGGGGGGAAAAACUAGGAUCCUGAGUGGCGUCUGCUUCCCCGUCCCACUGGUGGUUCUGAUGUUAGAUCCACUCUCCAUGUCUUCCCCCCCAGUCAGAACGUAGAGCCGCUUCCCCUGCCUGCGAAGCCCGAGAUUACUUGAGCUAAGCUGCUUUCAUCCUCGUAAAACCCCAUCCUGAGUAUUUGAAUUCACCGUAUGUGUUCAACACUAAGCUUACUUUGAUUUAAUAUCUUGUAAAAUGAGUUUCUAAUGAAGUCCA